GAAGAUAUGGGAGAUAGUUCGCCUUCUGUUUCUGAUGAAUCCGCAAGUGUGUGCGCUGGUUGUUUGAAUGUCAUUGACGAUGACGAAUUUUUGCAAGCAUUAAGCAAUGAAUGGCACGUAGAUUGCUUUCGGCUUUAUAUUAGGUGUUCUGUCUGUGACAUUUUACUCUCUGAUUGGUAUUUUGAGAAAGAUGGUUUAUUAUUUUGUAAAGAUGACUACGGGUCUAAGUAUGGAGAAUCCUGCCAAGAUUGUAAUGAAGUUAUUACAGGACCAGUUAUGGUUGCUGGAGAUCAUAAAUUUCAUCCUGAAUGUUUUAAAUGUACGAAUUGUGGCAAUUUCAUCGGUGAUGGUGAUUCCUAUGUUUUGGUUGAACGAUCAAAGUUAUUCUGUGGAGGAUGUUAUAAGAGGCAUAUGCAACCAAUAGCUGAGCAUUACAGUCGUCAACCUCACAGCAUACAGCUCGUUGAAAUCCCAGUCAAUGAAAGUGAUCAAGUGAGAAAAAUUAAGCUGUCUGUAAAUAAUCCAAAAUGCUCAACCGUUGCUGGUGUCCGAUUAGGAGUACAUGUUGUUGAUCUUGAUAUGAGUCCUGAUCUUAUGUCGAUUCAUGUUGGUGAUCGCAUUUUAGAAAUCAAUGGAGUGCCUGUGAAAAAUCAAGCUUUAGACGAAAUUGAAGAGCUGAUCAAAACUGCUUCUACACCCCUGCAGCUGACUAUUGAACAUGAUCCUAAUGUCAUUCCUAAACAUUAUCCUAUUCCAUAUUUUCAUCAACCGGUUAUAAAAGGUAGAUUGUACAAAAAGAGGGAAGGUAGAUCAAGGCAAUUAAAAAGAGGCAAAGAAACAAAAGAAAGGUCAUCUUCCCUGCCAAGAUUACUUGCCUGUGAUUCUGCUUCAUAUAACAAGAACAGUUAUGAUUUAAGCCGAACAAAAUCUUUUCGUGUUGAACCAAAAAAUCACAGGAUAUUUCGUGCCUCUGAUCUAGUCCAAGGAAAACUUCUAGGGAAAGGAUUUUUUGGUCAAGUAUUUCAAGUUACUCACAGGGAAACCGGUGAAGUAAUGGUCAUGAAAGAGCUUCAUCGUGUUGAUGAAGAGGCUCAAAAGAAUUUCUUGAAAGAAGUUGCAGUUCUUCGUUCUCUAUGUCAUGAGAAUGUUCUCCACUUUAUAGGUGUUUUGUACAAAGACAAAAGAUUGCACUUAGUCACAGAGUACAUCAGUGGUGGUACUCUAAGAGAAAUUAUUCAUGAUCUUUCACUGUCACUACCAUGGGAACAAAGAGUUAGUUUUGCUAGAGAUAUAGCCUCAGGAAUGGCGUAUCUACAUUCCAUGAAUAUUAUACACAGAGAUUUGAACUCAAAUAAUUGUCUGAUUAAAGAGGACAAGACUGCUGUUGUUGCUGAUUUUGGACUGGCACGGAUAAUUUCGGAUCAUGGUGUUCAUCAUUCCAGUAGGAGGUAUGGAAAGCGCACCACCCCGAAGAAAUUUGAGCGGAAAAAAAGAUACACUGUUGUUGGAAAUCCAUAUUGGAUGGCUCCAGAAAUGAUGAAAGGGAAAAAAUACGAUGAAAAAGUUGAUAUAUUUUCUUUUGGCAUUGUGCUUUGUGAAAUUAUUGGGAGGGUCUUAGCUGAUCCUGACUACCUUCCUAGAAGUCAUGAUUUUGGAUUAAACACUGUAGUUUUUAAGGAAAAGUUUUGUGCUACUUGUCCAGAAACAUUUUACAACAUUGCCUUUUUAUGCUGUGAUCUAGAUCCUGAAAAGCGACCUCCAUUUGAGCAACUUCAGCCAUGGUUCCAAGGGAUGGUGAUUCAUUAUGCAGUAGGUGCAGCUCUUCCUGCAGAAAUGGUGAAUGAAAUUCACAACUAUCGAAAUAGGAGUCCUCCUUCCACUUCUUCCGAUUCUACACCUGAAGCUCUGGUCCAUAGUACUACCUGUCCAACCCUUCAUACUAUCAGCAAACAUGAAGAUGAUGACACUUUUGAAACUUGUGGCACUAUAACCUAUCAUAUGUAG